AUGUUGAAAUCCUCGAUCAAUGCAAUUCCAUUUCGAAGGUUUUCCGUAUCAUCAAGAGUUCUGAAGGCAACUCCGACUUAUUUGAUAGAUCCUUGCUGCAAUCCGUCCAAUCCACUUGUCAUCGAGCGAGCUGCAAUCACUGAAGCCGCAGAUGGAAUCGAAGGUUUCAUCAAACACACUUUAUGCCAACGAUCGCACCCGCUUUCUGAUUUGACGGACAUCAAUGUUUACCUGAAGAUGGAACAGACACAAACAACUGGAAGCUUUAAAGAACGAGGCGCUCGAUGGGCUUUAAUGAAUCUUACAGAAAGCGAGCGAAAGAAAGGAGUUUAUGCUGCCUCAGCUGGUAAUCACGCACAAGCACUCUGCAUGCAUGGAAAACAAUUGGGUAUCCCCGUUACGGUGGUAAUGCCUCGACAUGCACCAAUUAAAAAGAUUGCUCAUUGCAAGAAGUUGGGAGGAAACGUCAUUGUUCAGGGGAAAAACCUAUCUGAAAGCCGGCUAAUUGCAUUGGGCAAAAGCUUAGAUGAAGGUGGAAAGUACAUUAAUGGCUAUGAUCAUAAGGAUGUUAUUGCUGGCGCUGGAACGGUUGGCUUGGAAAUAAUUGAACAGGUUCCUGACGUUGAUGCUGUAGUUUUGCCGGCAGGUGGUGGAGGACUUGUUGCAGGAGUGGCUACUGCUAUCAAAGGAUUACGUCCCGAUGUGAAAAUUAUCUCCGUUGAAGCUGAUCGUUGUCCAUCAUUCAAGAAUGCUCUUCAAGUUGGUCAUCCAAUCGAAACCUCCGUUUUACCGACUCUCGCCGAUGGCUUAGCUGUACCUGUAAUCGGUGUUAAUGCUUUUGCUACAGCUAAAGACAAAGUUGAUGAUGCGAUAGUUGUCGAUGAAAAAGCGAUCGGUUUGGCCAUCUUGCGCCUUGUUGAAUUGGAAAAGAUUGUGAUCGAAGGGGCUGGAGCUUGUGGAGUCGGAGCAUUGUUGUUAGGGAAACUCAAUCAAUUUAAAGGGAAAAAGGUGGUGACUGUGCUUAGUGGAGGCAAUAUCGAUACAACCCAAUUGGGGCGCGUAAUGGAACGAGGAAUGGCUUGGGAUAAUCGUCUUGUGCGCUUCAAGGUGAAUGUAUCAGAUCGUCCUGGUGGGAUCUCUGAACUGACGAAUAUCAUUGCCGAGAAUGGCGCUUCAAUUAAGGACAUUUUUCUGGAACGUUCUUGGACUCGUUCUGAUGUAUUUACUGUGCGAGUGAAAAUUGUGGCCGAAACGCGUGACAUUGAUCAUGCUCGAGAAUUGAAUUAUGCUCUACAGAAACGAUAUGCCCAAGAUUGUCUUUUCCAUCUAUUCCCUGAAAUUUCC